AUGUUGGACGGGUCCAGGUCCUUCCCCCAGGGCCCCGGCCGAUCACUGGAUUCACUGCGCAGGACAGUGUUUGUUCUCCGUCAGGCCAGGCCAAAAGGCAAAAUGGGUAUUGUCCUGAGGCUGGCUGGGACGGCUGGCUGGGACGGUCUCGCAGUUGACCGAGGUGCUGGCCGCAAGAUUUUGGUCUCAUUCGCCAUACGGCAUGUCGUUGACGUUGACGUGGACGCCGAAGUGAAAUACAGAAUGGGCCGAGAGCAAUCCAUUUGUGUCAGCACUAGUUGUCAAUACGGGACUGGUCGGCCGAAAGAGCUGCACGCUUCUGGUGUGCCUUGCAGCAGACGAAUUGCCGCCUUGCGUAUGGAUAAAGGCCAAGCUCAAGAGGACGCUAGUACUGGAUGGAGGACAAAUCGAGAAUGCGUGAAUGGAACAACCACUUUGUUUGCUCAGGCAGAAGUCAGAUCCCACAACCCGGGUCACUGUCCUCGGUUCCUGUUCCUGGAUCGGGUAGUGGAUGGGUAG